CUCAAUAGAAGCGCAAGAUACCAAGUUGAUUUAUGGUAUAUUUUAAUCUAUAUUGCUUUAGAAUUCAGUCAUUUCUUCGCUUUCUUUACGACAUUAGAGCUUUAAUGUUAAGAAGUAUUACUUUCACUAAUACGAUAAAAGGAGAUAAGCACGUUAAAGAGAAGCUUGAUUUUGGAGCUCUGGUGAAAAAAAUGAUACUUUCAUUACUCAAACUUCGAAUACAACACUUUUUUAAUGGUAGCUGAAAGAGCAAAACAUAAAGCGAUCAAAGACCAUUUUAGUUUUGGUCUUCAUCAAUGCCCAUGUAUUAGUCAAGCCGGUCAUAAAUAAGGAGAGAAACGCAAACUCAAAAUCCUUUAUUUUCAGAAUGAGUCGAAACAUGAAUGC